UUUUUCCCAUCUGAUGUAAUACAUUGGUAAACGUGUUUCCAAGAAGGAGUACCAACUGUCUCGAACAGUACCGUCCAUUCUCAUUUCAUCGACCGACUCAAACAACUAAUAUUUCUGAUAGUUUUUGUCCAAUAAUUCAGAUCUGCUUGUAAAUACCAUGGCAACAAGUGAAGAUGAAGCGAAAAAGAGACAUCAUUUGAUCACCAGGAACUUACAGGAAGUUCUCGGCGAUGAUCGUCUUCUGCAGAUGCUGAAAGAUGGAAAAGACAUCAAUAUCUACUGGGGGACUGCCACAACGGGAAAACCUCAUGUAGCAUAUUUUGUGCCAAUGAGUAAAAUUGCUGAUUUUCUCAGAGCUGAUUGUCAUGUGACGAUUCUGUUUGCUGACCUCCAUGCAUACCUAGAUAACAUGAAAGCACCGUGGGAAUUACUGGCAUUGAGAACGCAGUACUACGAAGCUGCCAUCAAGGGAAUGCUGGAAUCCAUCGGAGUGCCAUUGGAAAAACUCAAGUUUAUUCGUGGCACAGAAUUUGAGCUUUCUAGAGAGUACACCUUAGAUGUAUACAGAUUGACAUCAUUAGUCACACAGCAUGAUGCCAAGAAAGCAGGUGCUGAGGUUGUUAAGCAAGUGGAUCAUCCGUUGCUAAGUGGAUUGCUGUAUCCAGGGUUACAAGCGCUGGAUGAAGAGUACCUCAAGGUAGACUGCCAGUUUGGAGGAGUUGAUCAGCGCAAGAUUUUUACAUUUGCUGAGAAGUAUCUUCCACAGCUUGGUUAUAAAAAAAGAAUUCAUCUUAUGAACCCCAUGGUUCCUGGUUUGACAGGAGCAAAAAUGAGUUCAUCAGAAGAGGAUUCCAAAAUAGAUCUACUAGACAAUUCCAAUUCAGUUAAAAAGAAACUAAAGAAAGCCUUUUGUGAACCGGGCAAUGUAGAAGACAAUGGAAUACUGUCAUUCGCCAAACAUGUUGUGUUUCCAUUAUUUAGCGAAGGUCAAAAAUUUGUCAUACAAAGAGAUGAGAAGUUUGGAGGCUGUGUGGAAUACCCGGAUCACGAUUCCUUGAAGGAAGCUUUCAGAAAGGAGGAGGUUCAUCCCGGCGAUCUGAAGCUGGCCGUGGAAGGCUACCUCGAUAAAUUACUCGAUCCAAUCAGGAAGAAAUUUGAAUCUAAAGAGUUGAAAAAAUUGGUCAGUCAAGCCUACCCUUCAUUGCCUAAAGCAAAGGGCGGUAAGAGUGGUGCGGCUGCUGCGACAGAAGAGAUCACGCCAGCGAGGUUGGAUCUUAGAAUUGGUAAAAUAACGUCAGUGGAGAAGCAUCCUGAUGCCGAUACCCUGUAUGUAGAGCAGAUUGACAUUGGUGGUGGUGAGACACGUACUGUGGUGAGCGGGCUGCAAGGGUUGGUGCCGAUGGAGGAAUUACAAGACAGACUGGUCGUAAUGUUAUGUAAUCUCAAACCUGUAAAGAUGAGAGGAGUUGAAUCUAAGGCAAUGGUGAUGUGUGCAGCUAAGCUGAUUUUAGAACAACGUCAGAGUGUGUUGCUGAAUGGAACGGUUCCGCUUUUAUGA